AGCUGCACCCCGCCUCCUUCCCGCUCUAGAAUCCAUCUACCGCCGGGGAGCCAGAAGAUGGCGGAAGCUGUACCGAGCCAACGGCCACCUCUUCCAAGCCAAGCGUUUUAACAGGAGAGCGUACUGCGGCCAGUGCAGCGAGAGGAUAUGGGGGCUCGCGAGGCAGGGCUACCGGUGCGUGCGCUGCAGGCUGCUGGUGCAUAAACGCUGCCUCGAGCUCGUCCCGCUGAGCUGCAGAAGGCAUAUGGAUUCUGUCAUGCCUUCCCAAGAACCUCCAGCAGACGACAAGAAUGACGGCGUGGGCCUUCCCCCCGAGGGGACCGGUGGAAUUGCCUACAUUUCUUCAACCCGGAAACACGACGGCAUCAAAGACGACCCCGAGGUGGGUUGCGGCGCCCACCACAACCGGCCCGCUGGGGGCCCAGGGGCCCGCAGGGCUGGCGGACAGCAGCUCCGGACGGUGCCCUCUGCGCCCCGCGGCGGCGGCUCCCCGGACGCCGAGCAGCCCCUCCUGGCCCCCACCCGGGAGGCCACUCACGCGGCCGCCCUGUUCCAGGACGUCGACUGGGUGCAGACGGAGAAGCACGUGUUCGAGCAGGCGUCCAGCAGCCCCUUCCUGGUCGGCCUGCACUCCUGCUUCCAGACCACCAGCCGGCUGUUCCUGGUCAUAGAGUACGUGAACGGCGGCGACCUCAUGUUCCACAUGCAGAGACAGAGGAAGCUCCCGGAGGAGCACGCCAGGUGGGGGCGGGCGGCCCCCGGGGAGGCCUGGCCCGCAGGGUCUGGGGUGGACGCCGGGCCGGGGGUGGCCGGCUCCCUGUUCGCAGCGCUUCCCUGGCAGCGGGGGUGCUUGCCUGCCCGUCCCCCGCUCCCUGCGGGCAGGCUCACCCUGCUGUGCCGGCCGCCCCUUCUCCAGGGCCUUCCCCUUCCUCAGCUGAAACUGCCCCGCGGAGCCCCACCACACCCCUUCCCCGUCGGGGAGGUGAUGCCCGGGGCCUCCGGCCAGCGUCCCCCUGCCCGGCGGGGCCGGCCGUGGCCCGGCGGGGAGCAGAUCUCGGGUGCGGUCCGUCUCACCUGGGCGGGGACCUGGAUCGCGCCGCAGGCGCCCCCAGGGUUCAGCGUGGACUGGUGGGCGCUGGGCGUGCUGAUGUUUGAGAUGAUGGCGGGGCGCUCCCCCUUCGACAUCAUCGCCGACAACCCCGACAUGAAUACGGAGGACUACCUUUUCCAAGUCAUCCUGGAGAAGCCCAUCCGGAUCCCGCGCUUCUUGUCCGUCAAAGCCUCCCACGUCCUGAAGGGGUUUCUGAACAAGGACCCGAAAGAGAGGCUGGGCUGCCUCUCCCAGCCCGUAGGAGAGGGCCACUCCCUGCCAGGGCACAAGGCCCCGCCGGCGCUCCAGGGCACGUCUGACCCAGCGCUGGGGGCUCGAGGCCGCCCUGGACACCGGCGGGCACCACCUGUCCUGCCGGGGUCUGGGGCAGGAAAGGCUGCUGCCCGCUGCUGUGGCCUGGGCGAGGGCAGUCCAGAGGGGCCGGGGCCAGCCCGGGGCCCUAGGCCCACAGCCCUGCACCCCUGCCCCAGCUUCCCCCGGUGA